AUGUUGCUCAAACCUGCGACGCCCCUCACCAUCUUGCUCCUGGUCGCCUUUGCGCUUUUGCUAAUCUCAUGUCUUUCAACUCCCAUUGUUAAAGGUAUUCCUCUCGCAACUUUCAAAGAUGUCGAUUAUGGUGUCUUUGGAUAUUGCAAGGGUGAUACCUGUACCAAUAUCCAUCUGGGAUAUACGAGCAAUGAUAUAAGUAGCACUGGCGAUGACUUCAAUCUCCCCUCCGGUACUCGAAAGUCACUAUCCUCGAUCCUCAUAAUCCAUCCAGUCGCCGCCUUCCUGACCCUCAUCUGCCUCUGUCUGGCUAUCGCGGCCCACUUCCAUGCGCCCUCGCACUCGCCGCGCUUCCUUUUGGCGCUCCUCAUCUUGCUGCUGCCAACACUACUCGUGACUCUCCUCGCAUUCCUCGUCGAUAUUUUGCUCUUUGUGCCACAUCUAGGAUGGGGUGGUUGGAUUGUGCUGGCCGCGACCAUCAUCCUGACCUCUUGCGGGGUGGUCACUUGUGCUAUGCGCCGAACCCUUGUGAGCAGGAAGGCAAGGAAACGCCGGAUCGCAGAGAAUGCCGAGAUGAGCGGAGAGAACUAUUACAACCGACAGAAUGCCGCUGCGGCUGCGGUGGCGGCUCCUGUUCCGCCCCCUGUCGAACCCAAGGAAGCCUUUGCGUCUCACUCUCUCACCUCCGACACGGGCCCAACGUUCGCAUCCUUUCACACAGAAAGACAGGACAGUGAUGAUGAUCGAACGCCUCUCAAUUCGCGGACUCCCAUAGGCGAUAUCCCAGCACCCCCGGACCAACGGGGUGGCCCCCAUCGCGCUCCACAAGAUGAAUUUGGCAAUAUGCCGCCUCAAGGCCCCGGUCCGUACGGCGCUGGUCCAAUGUCACGGAACCCCUCCGAUCCACGGAUUCGUCCCCAAUAUUCCGAUGGUAGCAUGGGUUCUCGAAGAGGAGGACCACCGCCUGGCUUCAAUGGACGCGGGCGGGGUGGAUAUCCUCCCCGGGGUGGACGCGGAGGACCUUACAUGGGACCUCACCGCGGCCCUUCCAAUGGUUCCCGGGGUGGUUACAUGGGUCCAAUGCCAGGCCGCGGAGGUCGCGGUGGAAUGAUGCCGCCUCGAGGACCACCAGGCGGCUAUGGCCCCGGUCCAGGGGGUCCCAAUCGCGGCUUCGACGCGUACGGUCGACAUUCGCCCCCUAUGGAUGACCCUUAUAAUUAUGGCCCACCGGGUCAGAUGCGCCAGUCACCUCCCGUGCCCAUUGGCAUGGCCGUGUCCCCGGAGGCGGUCGGCCAAGCCAUCGAGAUGACUCCGCAAGCUCGGCAGCAGUACGAUAUGUAUGAGUCAAAUCAACCAAUGAGCAGCGUACCACAGGGGCUGUCAGCAGAAAAUACCAGCGCCAUCCCCGAAAGCCCGACAAGCAUGUACAGCCGACCUGGCUCCUACGUUCCUGCUCGCUCAGGCUGGGGUGCAAAUGAUCCUCGUACCGUGUCCCCGCGGCCGCCGGGGCAACCCCUCCAAUCUAACAACACUGGUGCCAAUUACUAUGAAGACGUGGAUCCCCGUUUCGCUCGUCGACCAUCACCAGCCAAUGACUCUGUGAUCCCCUCCUCUCUGACGCCUGGAGGUACUCACUUUUAA